AGUAACAGCUAAAGAAAUGGCGGGUGGAUUCUCUCCAAAAGUGCUGUGCUUUCGCUUUCCCUUUUUAUCUGUCUUUGUAACAUUUGCACUUUGGAACCACUCAUUCACGAGAUAUCCAUGAAUGAGCCUCUUUAAAUUCAUCGUCAUCUGAUUCCGCAUUUGUUUGUGUUUGUGAGAGUCUGAGAGGGAGAGGUGUAUGUAUGCUAUGCUUUGAAUCAACUUCGCAAAAAUACAAACUAAAACCUCUAACUCCAAGUAAAGAGGAGACUCAGAAGAGAUAAACCCCAUUAAUAUGCUCUAUGCUUUCUAUUUUAUCUGACUUAUCUCUUAACUCUUCUUCUCCAAUCCAUCCUCCUUUUUUUUCCUCCUCUUCUCAUGCGGACAUUGAUUUGUGGUAGCUGGCAUACCAGCUUCAAAGCUCCUCAUGCUUUUAAAACAUAAAACAACUCCAUUUCUCUCUUCCUCUCUUGUUUCUCUUUUUGAUUUCAUUAGUCCACUCUCCUCAGAACCCAUGAAACUCCAUCCCUUCUCCUUCAAAAUCCAUGUCCUUAAAUCAGCUUCUUCUCUGCCUACGGACAAUUUGAAUUAUGGGAAGAAAAAGCUCUAGUUAAAUUUUUUCAAGUCGGCGAGGAAUGGCAACGACUUGUUUCCGGCCACGCUGGCUUCGAAAACAAAAGAGCAAGCCCCUACCUUUUUCCUCCACGUCAAGCACUCUAAACUCCGACAUGGAGAACUUAGAAAAGAAAAGAUUUGACAGUUUAGAGUCGUGGUCGAUGUUACUGGAGUCCGAUAACGUUGAGGCAUCGAAAGAAGAAAAGGAGGAAUGGACGGCAGAUCUAUCCCAGCUGUUUAUAGGAAACAAAUUCGCUUCUGGUGCUCACAGCAGGAUUUACCGUGGAAUUUACAAACAGAAGGCGGUUGCGGUGAAGAUGGUCAGGAUCCCAACCCAUGACCAGGAGACCCGCAAUUUGCUAGAGAAGCAGUUCAAAUCUGAAGUUGACUUGCUUUCGCGUCUUCUUCAUCCCAAUAUUGUGCAGUUCAUUGCAGCUUGUAAAAGGCCUCCUGUGUACUGCAUCAUCACAGAGUACAUGUCUCAAGGAACUCUUAGGAUGUAUCUCAACAAGAAGGAACCUUACUCCCUCUCAAUUGAAACAAUUUUAAGGUUAGCUCUUGAUAUCUCUCGAGGCAUGCAAUACCUUCACUCACAAGGAGUGAUUCAUAGAGACCUGAAAUCCAACAAUUUACUCUUGAAUGAUGAGAUGCGGGUUAAGGUGGCAGAUUUUGGUACUUCAUGUUUGGAAACACAGUGCCGAGCAUCUAAAGGAAACAUGGGUACUUACCGUUGGAUGGCCCCAGAGAUGAUCAAGGAGAAACAAUAUACUAAGAAAGUUGAUGUGUAUAGCUUUGGCAUUGUGCUUUGGGAGCUCACAACAGCGCUGCUUCCAUUUCAAGGAAUGACCCCUGUGCAGGCAGCAUUUGCAGUCUCAGAGAAGGUGGUGGUUCUGCAUCAAGGGGGCCCCUGGGUUUUGAAUCAUUACUUGAUGGAGAAUGAACGGCCCCAAUUGCCUGCUAGUUGUCAGCCUGCACUUGCAAACCUUAUAAGGCGCUGCUGGUCAGCAAACCCCUCAAAGCGCCCAGAUUUCAGCUACAUUGUUGCAGCCUUGGAGAAGUAUGAUAAGUGUGUGAAAGAUGGCCUUCCUCUUCCUUCCCACUCUGGGCUGGUAAACCAAAGCAUGAUUUUUGAGCGCCUUAAGGGUUGCAUUUCCACGAGCUCAUCUGUACCAGUCUAUUCCUAAUUAUCAUAGAAGGUACCUUGAUCUUCCAUCUUAUAGAUGUAUCAUAAUGGUAGGUUAAGCUUUUAUGACUGAAUAUUUGAUAUUUUAUUUUGUCAUAGUCUAAUUGUGCGUGAGGUGUCUAGGAUGAACUAAUGACAGUAAAUGGUGGGGUUGAACCUCCCAGCACGUUCCCCAUAUGAACUCAAAUAAAAUUGGUAAAUUGUCUUUAGGGUCUAGCAGAGGGCAUGGUUUAGUUCUUGGUAUAGUAUUAUCAUGUAUCAAUGACCAAUCAGUACUUGUCAUUCGUUGAUGUGAAAUUGCUUCAAUUGAGAAGAUGUACCUAGUGUUACCAUAA